CUUUUGUUUAUGAUGUCUAGUGUUGCUGUAUUAGGUGGUGGUAUUUCUGGCUUAUCUGCGGCUUAUUAUUUGGCUCGAUUGGCUCCUACAACCACUAAAAUCACAUUGAUUGAAGGCAAAGAUAGAAUAGGUGGUUGGAUUCAAAGUAGACGUGUGGGUCCAGGAAUUCAUACCUCUCAAGAUACAUUACCUCCUCUCUCAAACCAAAAAGACUCGGUCUUGUUUGAAGGAGGACCCAGAACAUUACGCCCAAAAGGUGCUGGUGGUGCUAUUUUAUUGGAAAUGAUUCAACACCUUGAUUUGGCUAACCAAGAUUUACUUCUUGUGCCUAACACACACCCUUCUGCAAAAAAUAGAUACAUUUACUACAAGGAUCAAAUCAAUACAUUGCCUGCCAGUCUCUCAUCUGUCUUGUUCAACAAACCUCCUGUGUUAAAGUCAGUGCCAUUAGCAGGUCUAUUAGAACCCUUUCGUUCUUCUCGGUUCAAGCAGGGUAUGCCUCGCGAUGGACAAGAAGAUGAAUCGAUUUAUGACUUUAUGAAUCGACGCUUCAAUACACAUGCUGCGCUUCAUUUGAUGGGCGCCAUGACACAUGGAAUUUAUGCAGGCGAUGUCAAACAACUGUCUUUAAAGUCAACAUUUCGUCUACUGUAUGAAGCUGAAAAGGAGUAUGGUAGUGUCAUCAAAGGGUUGAUCAAAGGAGUUAAUACAGAGACCAUGCGGGAGCGUGGUAUGGCUGUCCGUGCUCGAGACACAGAUCCUGCUUGGUUUAGUCGAUUAGAAAAGAUGAAUGUGGUUGGAUUUAGAGAUGGAUUAGCGAGUUUAUCAGACCGUUUGUUGGAUUGGUUAAGAGCACGUCCGAAUGUAGAGAUUAUCAUGCAAGAACCAGUGCAGUCAAUGGAAACAUUGGAUGGAAAAGAAGUCAAGAUCAAGACAAAGACAAAAGAACUCUAUGCAGAUCAUGUGAUUGCUACACUGCCUUCCUUUGAUCUUCAGAAACUGAUUUCAUCCAGACCUUUACCUCAUCUGGAUCACAACCCUGCUGCUGAUGUUGCUGUCGUCAACCUUGCUUACCAGCCCAAUGUCAAACUAGGUUAUGAUGGCUUUGGUUUUCUUACUCCGCACCGAGACACACCUUACCCAGUUCCUGUGCCAGGCACACUGGGUGUCAUUUUUGAUUCGAAUGCCUUGUCUGAUCAAGAACGCGAUUAUCAGCCCAAUGUCCAUAAAUUCACUGCCAUGAUAGGUGGGUCUGAUUGGAAAGAUGCAUUCCGUGUGCCUAUCGAUCAAUUGGAUCCUCACAUUGCUUAUGAUACAGCACGCAACAUCAUGUCUGAGUUUCUCAACAUCAAAGAUACACCUACGCAUGCCAUGGUGCAUUUACAAAAGCAGUGUAUCCCUCAAUACUUGGUUGGUCAUGAAUCUCGUAUGCGCGAACUGCAUCAUGCUUUGGCUAGUCAAUAUGGUUCGCUGAUGAGUGUAGCAGGUGCUAGUUAUUUAGGUGUCAGUGUACCUGAUUGUAUUAAGCAUAGUCGUAUGCUUGUGGAAGAAUUGUUAGUGGCUGGAGCAUUAGGUACACGCAAUAAAGUGGUGACUGGACUAGGAAAGACAGUACAAAACACACAAGAAUUAAAGGAUGGUGCCAGACUGAAUAGGGGCAACAUCAAUGUUAUUAUGAAAGCAUAAUAUCAUUCGAAGCGGAGUCUGUAUCUUUGGCGCUCCUUGAAAGAAUAGCUUAUAUAAAAAUAAUUAAAUUCUUUUCUUUUC